GGGGAGGGCGGUGCCGGCGCGCGGCGCGGACGCCGCUUCCAGUGCGGUAGCCACAGCGAGCGGCUGGGCUGAAGCCCCACCCAGUGCGGAGCGCGCCGCCCGCUCCAGCGCCUCCGCCCGCCCGCCCGCCGAGCGAGCCGGCCCCGGGCCAUGUACUCGGGGAACCGCAGCGGCGAACAGGGCUACUGGGAGGGCGGCGGGGCCGCGGGCGCUGAGGGGCCGGGGCCGGCGGGUACGCUGAGCCCCGCGCCACUCUUCAGUCCGAGCACCUACGAGCGCUUGGCGCUGCUGCUCGGCUCCAUCGGGCUGCUGGGCGUCGGCAACAACCUGCUGGUGCUGGUCCUCUACUACAAGUUCCAGCGGCUGCGCACUCCCACGCAUCUCUUCCUGGUCAACAUCAGCCUCAGCGACCUGCUGGUGUCCGUCUUCGGAGUCACCUUUACCUUCGUGUCCUGCCUGAGGAACGGCUGGGUGUGGGACACCGUGGGCUGCGUGUGGGACGGGUUUAGCAGCAGCCUCUUCGGGAUUGUUUCCAUUACCACCCUAACUGUGCUGGCCUAUGAACGUUAUAUUCGUGUGGUCCAUGCAAGAGUGAUCAAUUUUUCCUGGGCCUGGAGGGCCAUUACCUACAUCUGGCUCUACUCACUGGCGUGGGCUGGAGCACCUCUCCUUGGCUGGAACAGGUACAUCCUGGACAUACACGGAUUAGGCUGCACCGUGGACUGGAAAUCCAAGAAUGCCAACGACUCCUCCUUUGUGCUCUUCUUAUUUCUUGGCUGCCUGGUGGUGCCUGUGGGUGUCAUAGCCCAUUGUUAUGGCCAUAUUCUGUAUUCAGUUCGAAUGCUUCGUUGUGUGGAAGAUCUUCAGACAAUUCAAGUGAUCAAGAUUUUGAGAUAUGAAAAGAAAGUGGCCAAAAUGUGUUUUUUUAUGGUCUUCACCUUCCUGAUUUGUUGGAUGCCUUAUGUUGUAAUCUGUUUCUUGGUGGUUAAUGGUUAUGGGCACCUGGUCACGCCAACACUAUCUAUUGUUUCAUAUCUCUUUUGUAAAUCAAGCACUGCAUACAAUCCAAUUAUUUACAUCUUCAUGAUCAGAAAGUUUCGAAGAUCCCUUUUGCAGCUCCUGUGUUUCCAGCCACUGAGAUGCCAGCAGCCUCCUAAAGACCUGCCAACUGUUGGGAGUGAAAUGCAAAUCAGACCCAUUGUGAUGUCACAGAAAGAUGGGGACAGGCCAAAGAAAAAAGUGACUUUUAAUUCUUCCUCCAUCAUUUUCAUUAUCGCCAGUGAUGAAUCACUAGCAGUUGAUGACAAUGAGAAAGCCAGUGGGCCCAAGGUCGAUGUAAUCCAAGUUCGUCCUUUAUAGGAAUGAAUAAUAGUAAUGAAAGAUGGGAGCCUUAAAUCGGACACUAUGUAUAGACUUCCGUUAAAAAGACUGUCCCAAAAUACCCAUUCUAUGUGAAUCAGCAGAACUUUUGUGGCCCAGCAGGAAAUCUGAAUUACUCUCUGGCCUCAGGAAGCAUUUGAGCAAGACAAAUUUUUUAAUUCAAUGGGUGCUUUAUGUAAUGAAAAACAACUUGUGGCACAAGAUGGGCAUCUGGCACCAUCCUCUUCUAACGUGUGGGACAUUUUCAUUUUAAAUAUAUUUUUAAAUAGCUAUAUUUUCCAAGGCACAUAAUUACAUUUUUCUCAAAUAUAUUUCACUGUAAAAAUAACUUUGUUUCAUACACAUGUGUCAAAUAAUUAGAAAAUCUUGAAUUUUCUGUGGAGUUGGGUUCUAUUCAGUGUUGUGUCAUAUGUUUGACUAAAUCAUAUUUAUGAAGGAGAUAAUUCUAGGGUGGAAAGAAAAUGAAUUCCGUAACUUAAUCUGAACCAGAAUAAUUGUUAGAUGAGUAGUAUAAGAGGAGUCUCAGAAUAAUUUACUGCUGAGGAUGCCCUUGAAGAUACUACCUAGACACAUCACAGCAAAGAGAACAGGAUGGUGAAUCUCAAGGUAAUCGUGAUAUAUAGCUAAUUUUACAAUUUUGGAGGAUGUACAUGGUGAAGAUGACGAUGAUGACACCUUGCUUUCUCCAUCUAUUUCACUUCAAACAUGAGAAUGCUAGGAUUUUCCACAAUUUUUCCCAAGAGUGCUGGAUUUAGAAAAGGAAUUCCACACAAACAAACUUAAAUUUGAAGGAAUUGAAGUAUAGAAAUGUAUUCAUGGAAUAUAUUAUUUAAUCUUUGUUACUCAUCAAUCAGUCCGCUGGAAAACUCAUGGUCAGUGUUGCCAGACAGGCCAUUUUUCCACAGGUGACUGUUUGAACUCACAGGAGACUAUAAUGUGCUACAACCACUAAAUAUGUUCCUUUUUCAAAAUGAUUAUUUUCAUAUGAUUGUUUUUGGGAAGAAGCUCAAAGAAAGCUCUCUGCCCUCCCUCUGUUUGCCUAAAAGUAGGCCAGACCUUUACUAAUCUGUCCUCUCCCAAUCUACCAUAGAGGAAAAGUUGAUCACCAGAGACAACCUUAGACUUCUCGUAACCUGGAGACAGCACCAGAGAAAUCUUGGUAAACUCCCAUUUAUUUUCCAUUCCAUGAUCUGCCACUGCUACAGGCUCCAAGCCCUUUUACUUGGUCUUGUUGAACAUCUAAGCCAGCUCUUUGAGAUUUACUCAUUCCCUGUGUAUCUUCCAUGUACAUAUGAAAAAUACAGGUUAAUAAAGUUUUGUUUGUGUUUGA